AUGGCCCUCUCAGCUGCUGAGAUCCAGAAUGCUCGUGAUGCCUGGGAAAAGUUCUAUGCAAAUGUUGAGGACAAUGGAGCAGCCAUGCUAGCCAGAAUGUUUUCAAGCUAUCCAGACACCAAAUCCUAUUUCAAAAAUUUCAAGCUGGGGUCUGCUGCUGAGAUGGAGGGGUCAGCACAGGUUCGAGGCCAUGGAAAGACAGUGUUGGGUGCUCUGAAUAAUAUGGUACAACAUCUGGACAGCAUGGAUGCCUUAAAUGGAAUUAUCAACCCACUAGCUAAGAAACAUGCUACACAGCUCAAUGUGGACCUCCAGUAUUUUGAUGUCCUUUGUAACAUUUUGCUUCAAGUCAUGGAAGAGAAAUGCGGUGGAAAUGCCAAAGCAGCUUUUGCUAAAGUGACCAGUCUGGUGUGUAACCAAAUAAGUGCUGCCUAUUAGGAGGCUGGAUGCUGACCCCACCCUUGUGA